AUGCAAAAUAGUCACCAGAAAGAACACCUUUACAAAAUACUGGUGAUCGGGGAUCUUGGUGUCGGAAAGACCAGCAUCAUAAAACGAUACGUUCACCAAAACUUUUCCCCGAAUUACCGUGCAACCAUUGGAGUUGAUUUUGCCUUAAAAGUUUUGAACUUGGAUCAGGAGACCGUCCGACUCCAGUUAUGGGACAUAGCAGGUCAGGAGCGUUUUGGGAAUAUGACAAGGGUGUACUACCGUGAGGCAAUGGGUGCGUUCAUUGUGUUUGACGUCACUCGUCCCUCAACCUUUGAGGCUGUCACAAAGUGGAAGGAGGACCUGGAUGCCAAGCUGAGUCUGGCCAAUGGGAAACAUGUGGCCGCUGUGCUAUUGGCCAACAAAUGUGACCAAGGGCGAGAUGUCCUUACCAACAAUACCCUCAAGAUGGAGCAAUUCUGCCAGGAAAAUGGCUUUGUAGGCUGGUUUGAGACCUCUGCUAAGGAAAACAUCAACAUUAAUGAGGCGGCUAACUGUCUGGUGAAGCACAUCAUUGCCAAUGAGAAUGAUAUCCUCCAGUCAGAAGAGCUCACUACCAUCUCACCACAGUUGGAAUCUGGGAGGGGCGGGGCAUGCUCUGCCUGCUUCAGAUCUUAA